CCUCAGUCCUCACUUCGGCUGACUUGACGCUUACUAGUUACUGCGAAAUUACCGUUAAGACGCAAUUGAAAAAAAAUAAGCUGCGAAAUAAAAGUACUAAAAACUAUUAGACCACAAAGACGGUAUUAAUUGUAUAAAUAUCACUUAUUUCUACUAAAAGUCAAAUUGCGCACCAUUAUAAUAAUUUUUGUACUACAGAUAUUUAAGGCGUAAUUAUGCAGAAUUUUCACAGUGGUGAUUUCAAUAACGUUUCAGAAAAUGAGCGUAAAGAUAAGUCUAAUCUUCAUACUCAUAUGAAAAACUUGGAUGACUCCUUCAAUGAUGAUACCUACAAUGGGAAGGCUCAGGCUCAAGUGGAUAAAGAUGUAAAAUAUCGUCAUGAUCUUAAAGAGCAGUGCGAGGACAACUUUAAGAGGGCGCAGAAUGAUUAUGAGGAGUCACGAGCUGAGACGUCAAGAAUCCAACAGGCUGGCAACUAUAUUAUGUCAGAACAGUAUCAGCAAGAUCUUCAACAAAAACAUGAUGAUUCAGUAAAACUUCAUGACGAUAUAGAGAGUUUUAAGAAAGACUGUGUCGAUUUUAGGGAAUUGCAAACGGCAUUGAUUAAUUUAGAGGAAGACAGAAUUGACAAACAGAGUCACGAGAUGUCUGACAGGAGUCUAGUGGUGGAGUUUGAGAGGGAAAGAAAACUCAAAGACAAGGACGAAUUGAACACCAGAAUGUGUACUCGUAUGGUGGCUCACGAGGUGGAACGCCAAGAUCGCGAAGAUGUCAUAACCGUCAAGCACGAGGAUGAAGAUCGUGAGAAGUUACGCCGAGAGGACGUGAUGGUUUACGAGAAGAAACAAGAGGAUAAAAGAGAACUGAGUGACGGUCUUCUUACCCAAAUAGAGGAGAACAAGCAGUCCGUGCGGGAUGAAAAGCAGAGGGAACUCAAUUUUAGUGAUCGGGCCAACGCCCUGAUGGAACUGGAAGACGAGAGGGAGGAAGAGAGAGCUCGCAGGAAGAAAGAGAGGGACGACCAGUACUUCUCUGACUUGAGACAGCAGAUCGCGGACAACGCGGUUCGCAGGCAGAAGCAGAAGGAACAAGACGCCAUGUAGGGUGAGAAGAGAUUGAGUUGACGACCUCCGUGAUUAAGGCUACGUGCCAGAGCUUCAAGACUGCAACAAAAUCUCACUUUAAAGAGCCUGCUAUUUUUAUCAACUAGUUAUUAUUAACCUAGCAUUAGUUACGUUUUGUAUUGUGCACAUCUAAUGUAUGGAUCGCUGUUAAAUUCUUUCCGCCUCAGAUUAACAAUUACAUCCGGUAGAUGGCGUUGUAACCUGACAUUCCGUAUUCUAAACCGAGUGAGG